UGUCAGGUACUAAGUGUCAAUUAGCGACAGUUCGAUUAGAUGCGGGCGCGUCACGUCACGGUAAACCAGAUAGUUUUAUUGUCUGACCAAUACCUCUGAUCCGAUUGGCGGAGGUCAAGCUGACCAAUCAGAAUACAAAGUUCCUUCGGACAGCUUGCUUAGAUUGGUAGUGGACGUGGUCAAACUCUUCACUCAGAGCUUGGACGACGAAUAAACAACACCAAUCUUAAGCAGCUGUCUAUUUUAUAUUUCCAGGUAAGCAAAUUUAUAUUUCACUUUUAUUGUAAGUAUUUUCUACUAUAUGUACAUAUUCUUUUUUAAUCGAUUUGCAACAAUUUGCAAAUCUUGUUGAUUGUUAUUUUCUCUAUAAACAAUGUCUAAUUUGUGAUUUUGAAUAUAAAUUCAUUAUUCUGUAUUUCAUUUUUAUGUACAUGUAUUUCGUGUCGCAGUCAUCCUAACAAAAGAAAUUAUCGAGUACGAGUUUUUAAACGUUCUCAAAUUCAAGCAGUAUUACUUGCUUUUUGUACUAUUAACUCUAAGGUGGAUUUUCUAUUAUAGAAAUAAAUUUACCUUACGGUUAUAAUUAUUAAGGAACUGAAUAUUUGCGGUUCAGUAUUGUGUAACCAUUAUUCACAAACUUUUGAUAGAGUUAUCUCCCUUGUGAGAUCUCCGUACAAAGGAAUGGCUGCAGACAGUUGCGAAAUGCAUACUGAUCUUUUUAAAAACCAUAAUCUAUGGUUAGGUAUGAACUUCUCAUUGAGGUAAUUUUGUAGAAUAUUGAUUUAUGAUCUUUUUAUUGUCAUCAGACAUGUUAUGUCACUAUAUACUUGUCCCGAUCUUGUUAGGUGUUUACUUUUCAUGUUUUAACGGUACUUGUCAUUAAUUUCUAGUGCGCUCGAUUUGCACAUGAGUUAUAGUUAUGACAGAUUACUAAAUGAUCGUACUUGUAGAAUGUAUAUAUUUCUAGUUUAAUCCCGGAUUAGCCAUUCAUCAGGCUUUACAAUACAAAACCUCUUCUCAGAGUUAAUGUUGAUAUCAUAACUGAUAUUCUGUCAGGAAUAUUGGUAGGACCGGAAGUGAUCACCACAUACCGGAAGUAGUUAGAUUAAAGUGAAAGUAGAAGUUGUUAAUGUAAACAAAAGGUUCAAACCUUACUAUGUGGUCAACUUUAUUAAUUUGUUUUCUUUGUUAAUAAUUUUCAUUUGAAGAUUUUUAUUCGUCAGCUGUAAGUUGUAUUUCUGUAGUUGUAGUAUUCAAUAUCGAUUAUAAAUAAUAGAUUGGCUGAAUGUAUAUAUAUUAUUCCUAGGCAGUGUAACUUCUCAUAGCUGAGUUGAGUAGGUUUUACCAUAAGCUAAUUUUCCCCAUAUUCCCCAAGUCAAAUCAAAGUAUUCAGUAUAGUAUAUAUGUUCCUUAUAUACAGUAAAUCAUUAUAAUGUGUAUGUAGUUCAAUUUUAUAUGAUUGUAACUCUUUUAUUGACAACAGAUACUUAUAUUGUACUGCUAGGUCAAUAUCAAUUGUAAUGUAAUUUACCAAUAUACUGUAAUGUUACAUUGUAUAUCAAAUUAUUGUGUACUGUUAUAUCAUGUAACUCUUCACUCAGAGCUUGGACGACGAAUAAACAACACCAAUCUUAAGCAGCUGUCUAUUUUAUAUUUCCAGAAUACUCAAUACUCUUCAUCUUUCAACGAUACAAAAACAAACAAAAAAAAAAGUUAUGAAAACUUGGUGGAGAUCCUAAGACCCGAUGCCUGUAAACAAACCAAUCAACUACAGAAAUCUUAGAAGCCAGACCACAACUACAGAUCAGGAAUUACCAGACAACCAAGUGGAAUUAAAUGGUUCGAGAGAAAAUAUAGUGGAGGAAAUAGACAUUCAGCCUCAAGAGCAACCAGAAGAAAUCAUGACGCACAUUCAGAUUAGAAGGUAUGAUGGAACAGAGUCACCACAAAUAUGGUAUUCAAGCAUGGAGGCCUGGAUGAAAGUUCAGGGUUAUACAGAAUCAAAAAUGCUGAGUGCAUUGCCAUUAAUUCUAGAGGGUCCGGCUGCUCUCUGGCUACAAACACAGCCACAAGCCUCUACAGCAUCUCUUGCAGCAUUCAAAGUUGCAUUUUUCCAAAGGUUUGGAAUCAAAGACAAUGACAUGUCAUUCAUGUCACUAAAACAGGACACCACAGAAAGUGCUCUCGCCUUCAUUGAAAGGGCAGAAAAAACAGGACUGGGAGCAGCACUGCCCGAGUGUUAUAAAGUGAAAGCUGCUGUUCGCGGACUAAGCCCGAACCUCAGAAGCAGAGUGAUUGGUAAGGAACCAACAUCAUUUUUGGACCUAAGGAAGGCAGUUCAACUAGCUUCAGAGGAGUUAGACUGUUUUGAGUCACAAGAAGUCAAAAACAUUGAUUUUUUAACAGAAAGAUUCGCCCAGAUGUCAAGGAAUUUCUCUGAAACAAUAUUACAGCAAGUAAAUCAGUUGCAGCAUCAAAACCAAAAUCAGAAUCAACAACAGUGGAGACACAAACAUCAUCAGAGACAGGAACCACACAGAGAUCAACAAAGACAGUCAAACAGGAGCCAACAAAGACAAUGCCAGGGUUGUGGUGUGAAUAGUGUAUCUCAAAUGUGGACCUUUUUAGCUGUGAUGUUCCUCUGCAUUCCCUUAGUUGUCGCGGAGUCGUCACCAAUCCAGAGGUUGAACUAUGGAAUUAUGUUCGAACCUACAACUCUGUUACAUCUUGGACAAGAAUAUUGGACUCACACAUUCAAGAUACCUCUCCCCUCACCCAUGUACUUACCAGGAAUUCCUUCAUGUCAAAGACAGACAUGUAAAGUGGCAAACCAAGUCGUCACUUCAUUGAACAAUCUACGCACUCAGUGUAUGUCUAAUGUCAAUUCUACGGUAAAAGAAAUUCAUCGCCUCAUCCCACACUCGUACUUUCCAAAUACCCUUAGUUCUAGUAGAUCCAAACGUGGUUUACUGGACUUCAUUGGACAAAUUUCCAAGUCGUUGUUUGGAACCGCAACAUCAGAUGAUGUUGAGGAUUUAAAACGUCACAUGCAAGUGUUAAACAAUAACAAUGUGAAAUUAGCAAGAGCUAUGGCUUCUCAGAGUCAUCAACUUACAUCUUUCAUGGCUGCAGUGGAUGAACGUCUUGAUAACAUUGUUGAAAUUGUUAAAAACAAUCAUGAUCAGACUAUGACAUUGUCAGAGCAAUUUUCUGCUUCUUUAGAUGGCAUUGAGCAUGAAUUAGUAUUAUUAGAAAAUCUGAUGAUCACUCAGAUUAAUGCCACAUCAACAUUGGACAAACAUUUAGAACAUGCUAAGUUAGCAAUUCAUGAUUUAGCAAAAGGCAAAUUAUCUCCCUUUCUACUCUCUCCUCAGAUAAUGAGAUCAACUUUGAAACAAGUUCAAAACAUCAUGUCUUCUAAGUACAAAGGAUUUAGCAUAAUACAUAAUGAUCCAUUGUAUUACUAUCAUAAUGCCAACUUUGUGUAUGCCAGACAUCAUUCUAUGUUGUACUUACUUGUGAAAAUACCUAUUUCACCAUUUAUCCAACCAUUACAUGUCUACAAGGUAUAUUCUGCACCUGUACCUGUUAAUUCAACAUCUUCUCAUGCGACACAAUUGUUAAACACUCCUGAGUACUUUGUUCAUACCAGUGAUAACCAGCAUUUUUCAACUUUGUCACACAAGCAAUUACAAGAAUGUUCUGGAUCAGACAUUUUAUAUUGUAAGUUUCAAGUAGCCCUUUCAUCAGUAGCAAAAUCUUCUUGCAUAGCAGCUAUCUUUUAUAAUCAGAAAGAUAUGGUAAAGACUACUUGUGAUUUUAGAUUUUUACCUGAUAUACUCUCACCGGCUAUUACAGAGUUAGCUCCCUCUAAUCUGCUUAUGUAUCAAAUCCCUAUGUUAGCCUUAGACUGUCCUAAUGGUCAGAGGAUAAUUAAAGGUUGCUCAUUUUGUGUAGUUAGGAUACCAUGUAUGUGUACAGUUACAGCAGGAAAUCUGUUUGUACCUCCUCGAUUAGGUCAAUGUAAAAAUGAUACAAAUGACAUUUCAGUCAUUCAUCCAGUCAACCUUGCUCUCCUUCAAGAAUUUUUUCCUAGCUCACAACAUGCUUCCAUUUUUGGUGAUACAUCUUAUCCAGAUUUUGUUCGGGUUAAAAUCCCAGAUGUAAACAUUUAUAAUCAUUCAUUCACUGAAAAAUUAGCUACAGAUCAGAAAUAUCACUUAAGUUUAAAGAAAAUUGUCAAGACAGCUAAAAAGGGUGAAAUAGUAUUCAAAUCCUUAGCUGAAUCUAUGUUAGAAGGACAAAUCCCAUUUACUUCAGGAACAUGGCCAGACACUAGUGGUGUAAUUGCAUUAGUAGGGACAGCUAUUUCAGGCAUAGCAAUAAUCUUAAUUUUCUGUUUGUACUCAAAACUAAGGAAAAUAUCAGCUAUGAUGUUACUGGUUCAGAAAGCUCACACAGUUCAAACUGUUACUGUAUCACCUCAAAUUCCCAGCUUUCAUUUCCAAAGUCUCCCUAAUCCAACCUCAUCUUACACCAUUACUGAAAAUGUGUAUAACUCACUAAUGACACCAUGGCCAUAUGUAACACUGUCACUUUUAACUACUGUUUUCAUUCUAGCUUCAAUUUACUGCAUUCGCAGGAAAUUUCAUAAUAAUCACAAGACUGCAAUCUUCCUUGAACUUUCCUCUGGCACGGCAUGUGAACUAGUUCGUAUAGCUUCCUUACCCCUUUGUCCUGAUAACUGGACAAUAUCUCCCCCUAUUGAUAUCAAUAACAUUCAAGUGUUUGGCAGGAUCUUUCCUGUACUCAGUGUGGAGUGGUCAGAAUUCUCUAUUAUUAAUAACAAUAGUAAGCACAGAAUUUAUCCAACUAACAAGGUUCGUCUGUCACCUAUGCAAGCCCAUUCCAUUCGGAAAAUCUUAAGCCAGCCUUAUGCUGCAUACACUUUGGUUUGUCAUCAUGGAUAUUUCCAUCCACUUUGAGUUUGAAAUUUCAAACCAGUCAUUUA